AUGCGAACAAAGCCAGACCCAAUAGCAGGCCUGCCUGCCUGCCUAUGUCUCCCCACCCGCCUCCCGCCCCUAGGUAAAAGCGGGGUAAAGGCAAGAAGCCGCGGAAUCUCGCUUCUGGGCUUUCGAGGCGGGCGGGCGCUUGUGUUGUUGAGGCUCCUCGCACCCCGCACAGCCUCGCCUGAGCUCCUCUCUCCUAUUGGCGAGGAGGGAGGGCACCGGGCCGCCUCGCUCCCCCGCUCCCUUGUGCGCAGGCUCGGCUCUCGGCGCAAGAUGGCGGCGGCGGAUAAACAGAAACAUGAGCACGGGCGGGUGAAGAUAGGGCACUACAUCUUGGGGGACACGCUGGGCGUGGGCACCUUCGGCAAAGUCAAGGUUGGCAAACACGAGCUGACUGGGCACAAAGUGGCCGUGAAGAUCUUGAACAGGCAGAAGAUUCGCAGCCUUGAUGUGGUGGGGAAAAUCCGCAGAGAGAUUCAGAACCUGAAGCUUUUCCGGCAUCCGCACAUAAUCAAGCUGUACCAAGUUAUCAGCACCCCAUCCGAUAUAUUCAUGGUAAUGGAAUAUGUUUCAGGAGGUGAACUGUUUGAUUACAUCUGUAAAAAUGGAAGGCUUGAUGAAAAGGAGAGUAGACGUCUGUUCCAGCAAAUCCUUUCUGGUGUGGAUUAUUGCCAUAGGCAUAUGGUAGUGCAUAGAGACUUGAAACCUGAAAAUGUACUGCUUGAUGCACACAUGAAUGCCAAGAUUGCCGAUUUUGGCCUCUCAAAUAUGAUGUCAGAUGGAGAAUUUUUAAGAACAAGCUGUGGUUCUCCUAACUAUGCUGCUCCAGAAGUAAUUUCAGGAAGGUUAUACGCAGGUCCUGAAGUGGAUAUAUGGAGCAGUGGCGUUAUUCUCUAUGCUUUGUUAUGUGGAACACUUCCAUUCGAUGAUGAUCAUGUGCCAACUCUUUUUAAGAAGAUAUGUGAUGGUAUCUUUUAUACGCCUCAGUACCUGAAUCCAGCAGUAAUUAGCCUUUUGAAACACAUGUUGCAGGUGGAUCCCAUGAAGAGAGCUACAAUCAGAGACAUAAGGGAACACGAAUGGUUCAAGCAAGACCUCCCCAAGUACCUCUUUCCCGAGGACCCGUCUUACAGUUCAACGAUGAUUGACGACGAAGCCUUAAAAGAGGUCUGCGAUAAAUUUGAAUGCACAGAGGAGGAGGUGCUGGGCUGCCUGUAUAACCGGAACCACCAGGAUCCUUUAGCGGUCGCCUACCACCUGAUUAUAGAUAACAGGAGAAUAAUGAAUGAAGCAAAAGACUUCUAUUUGGCUACGAGCCCACCAGAUUCCUUUCUCGAUGAUCACUUCUCCCGCCCCCACCCCGAAAGAGUGCCAUUUUUAGUGGCUGAAACGCCAAGGCAACGCCAUACGCUUGACGAGCUAAACCCACAGAAGUCCAAACAUCAAGGGGUCAGGAGAGCUAAGUGGCAUUUGGGGAUCCGGAGCCAGAGUCGACCCAACGACAUCAUGGCAGAAGUUUGUCGAGCAAUCAAACAGCUGGAUUACGAGUGGAAGGUGGUAAAUCCAUACUACUUGCGUGUUCGAAGGAAGAAUCCAGUGACCGGCACGUAUUCCAAAAUGAGCCUCCAGUUAUACCAGGUCGACAGUAGGACUUACCUACUGGAUUUUCGUAGCAUUGAUGAUGAAAUUACCGAAGGAAAAUCGGGGACUACCACUCCCCAGAGGUCAGGCUCUGUGACGAACUACAGAUCUUGUCAGAAGGAUUUGGACACUGAAGCUCAAGGAAAAUCCUCUGAUAUGUCUCUUACCUCAUCAGUGACCUCUUCCCUUGAUUCCUCUGCAACCGAGUUAACCCCAAGAUCAGGGAGCCACACGAUAGAAUUUUUUGAGAUGUGUGCAAAUCUUAUUAAAAUACUUGCACAAUGAUUUGUAAGAUUGGCUUUUUUUUUUACAGCAAUAAGCAUGCCUAAAAAAAGAGGAAAAAAAUCAUAGUCUGAUGCUUCCAGUUAUAAUCAAGUUGUAGUUAACUUCGGCGCUGAGAAGACUAGCCACAUUGCAAUUUGCACAGGAAUUGAACAUACAUUUAAAAGCAGUCUAGACCUCUUAACGUAAUGAAGCAAAUUAUGAUUAGACAGUCACUGUUGUGAUAACAGGUACAAAAAAAAAAACUAUGACAGCCUUUUCCAGCAAGAGUUUAUCUUUCAUUGUACGCACAUUGGGGCUUCAUGGAGUAUUAACCGUGUGGAUCAUUUUUGUAGUAUGUAUUUCGAUUGCUGAUAUUAUAUACCUGUUACAGUAUAAGUGGUCACUUUCUAGAUGAGGGGUGACUCUUUGGAUCCCGGCCUUCAGCUGCACCCUCCUCUGUCAGUAUAAGCGUUCUCUUUGUCAAACAGCUCUUGAAACUUGUGGCACUGGUCUCAGGUUUUUGACAGCCAGUGAUGCGCUGGGAUGAAAAAGGCUAAAGCAACUUCUACUUUUGCUAGUCAAUGUGUUGGCAGAUGCAACUAGGUUGUACGCAGAGUAGACCCAUUAAAAUGAAAGGACUGAAGUUAGUCGCAUCCAUUGAUUUAAAAGCGUCUACUCUGAGUAAACCUUAGUUAGAGGCAACCCAAUGUCAGAAACCUUAUGCAUUUGAAUUCUGCAUAAAGCAUAAGAGUGAAAAUUGUAACGCCAAAAAGAGUCAAUCAGAGCAGUGUUGGGUUAGAUAUUGUGAUCAGAGUGGAAGAAAUGGGCCGGGAUCGAAAGAAUCCCGGAACCUGUUUUUGAGUCUGAGGGUGGUUUUAGGCGUGACUUUUCUUGAGCAGCUACUGCAUAUGCCACACACAUGUUUCAGAAGCAUUUCAGGGACCUCUGUUUAGUUGGGGGAGCAAUUCAGAAUUCUCACCACACUUAGUGCAGGCUCUUUCUCUGAGCCUAAUCGGAUGUUUGGAUCUUGCUUGUGGGAUUUAAUCAAGAACUGCAGAGAGCAGGGAUGGAAAAUCUUAGCACCACAGACUGGAUGCAGCUCAUAACCAGAGUUCAUCCAGCCCGUCGGUCCCCUCUUGACCACCAGCUGCUCUGUAGGGUGGGAAAAGGCCUUUGGUGUUGUGCAAAGUCUGCAAUUCCAGCUCCUUCCUCUGCAAAUAGAUCUGCUGGAAUGUGGCCCCCAACAGCUAAUGCGACCCUCAGCCCCCCAAAA